CUCUUGGAAACGAUAGUGGUUAGCGAGUGCUGGUUGCCGCAGUGUCGCCCGCUCGCCGACAGCCGCAGUGCAGUGCAGCACCGCAGCUCCGUCCACCGAGCGAGCGAGCGAGCAGCGCGCAAUCAAUGAGGCAGCCCGCCGAGCGACGCCGCACGCAGGUGGCCAGCGGCCACUCGGACCCUGCCGGCGGCCAAAUCUACUUCUCGGUGGCGGCCAUCGCGCUCAGCUGCUAUGCCAACAGCCUCGGAGGUGACUUUGUGCACGACGACGUGCCCGCCGUGCUGCAGAACCGCGACGUGCUCGGCCUCACCGGCCUCUCCGAGCUCUUCGUCAACGACUUCUGGGGCACCAGGAUGUCCGACCCUAACAGCCACAAGUCCUACAGGCCGCUCACGGUGCUGACCUUUAGAGCCAAUUACAUAUUGAGCGGGCUGGAGCCGUACUGGUUCCACGCGUGGAACGUCGUGCUGCACACGAUGGCUGCAGUGCUGUUCACCAGAGUGUGUGUCGUGGUGGCCGGUCUGCGGCCCCAAUUUGCCGCCAUCGCCGGCGCGCUUUUCGCCGCCCAUCCCGUGCACACGGAGGCGGUGUCAGGCAUCGUGGGCCGGGCCGACGUGUUGGCGUGCGUCCUCUUCCUUUUGUCUUUCCUCGCCUAUCACGGGAAGCCAGAAAUGGAAGAUUGCCAAAUCUCGACAGUGGGGCUGUGGACGAGCGUGUUUUUCGGAGCGCUGGCCAUGUUGUCAAAAGAAAUCGGUGUCACCGUAAUUCUGGUGAAUUUGCUCUACGAUUUGUAUCGCAGCUGGCCAUUCGUCAAAAGGUCGAUAUUUUGCCUUCAGUGGAACAAAGAAACUGUUCAAUUCGCCAGACGAGCUGCUAGAAUUUUAAUAUCACUAUGCUUCCUUUUGGCCAUACGACUCGCUCUGCUGCAGGGCACUUGGCCCCGCUUUUCGAUCCAAGACAACCCAGCUGCCUUCCACCCGAGCAGACAAGUCAGGUUUCUGACCUUCUGCUACUUGGCGGCAUACAACUGCUGGCUCAUUUUGUGCCCGUGGAGUUUGAGCCACGAUUGGCAGAUGGGCUCGCUACCCUUAAUCACUUCAGUGGCCGAUUCACGGAAUUUGGCCACCAUCUUACUGCUCGGCUUUUGCGUUGCUCUAAUUUACAGGAGCAUUUGCGAUUUUGAGCAACAAAAGCAAACUCCGUUAAUUUUGGGCUGCCUAUUUUUGGUGAUGCCGUUUUUGCCGGCGACCAAUCUCAUCAUAACAGUGGGAUUCGUUGUUGCUGAGAGAGUACUUUUCAUCCCCAGUUUGGGCUUCCUAAUAUUAGUCGUGUAUGGAGUGCAGCUUGUGUGGAGUUCAUUGAUCCGGCACCGGUGGCUGCUCAUGAGCGGCGGCUGCCUGCUUUUGCUCAUUUUCUGUGGGCGGACGGUCGUUCGCAACAACGACUGGACAUCGAGAGAAGCUCUAAUUAAGUCGGGUCUGAAAGCGGUGCCGCACAACGCCAAGAUGCACUACAAUCUGGCCAACCUCUUGAAGGACAAGGAGCAGUACGACGAGGCAGUCUUCCAUUACCAGCAAGCACUUCGCUUGUGGCCGGCUUACGCCAGCGCGCACAACAAUAUGGGCACCCUCAUGAGCAUCCCGGAGCAAGCCAAAGUUCAUUUUUUGGAGGCUAUCAAGCACUCGCCCGACCACGUCCACGCCCAUUACAACUUGGGGCAAAUUUAUAAGCUGGAGAAUCGGACCGCGGACGCGGUGCAAAUGCUGCGUCGGUGCGUCAAGUUGGUAAAGGAGCAGAGUAGCAAACACCACUCAAACGCGGUGGAAAACAUCCUGCAGCACAUCAUGCGGCUGCAGCCGAAAAACCCAGACAACAUCGUCGAGUUCGCGCGUUGGAUGCACGUAAUAGGGCACGAGUGGAAGGCGCUCGUCAACCAUCAGAACGUUCUGUCCAUGAUUCCGCACCACCGCGAUUCGGUGAUGGGUAUCGCGAUCGCUCUUCGCUCAAGAGGACAUGCUGCCAGGGCGAUACGGCUCGCACAAAGAGUUGCUUUGAAUCGUCGGGGCUCGAGUCGAGUGUGCAGCAAAGCGAUGAAAGCCUGCUGACCCUAUGCGAAGAAUGGUUUGUGUCGAUCGCGCCAAGAAAUGUGUGCGUCAAAUUCAACAUUAAGUCAAUUGACACUACUUUUCGUUCAAAGAUCGCCGGACCAACGUACUUGAUUUACGUGCGCUCUGCGACUUACUGGCAUGACGCCUGUCUCUGUGAUUUUUCUCUCAAUUUGAAGAAAUUUAAGACUGCUUGAUUAAAGUGAGUGGAUUUUCCAAUACAGAAAAAAUACAAGAAACUAAUAAAAACACACAAUAGCAACCUUUGUCCUACAACCCCAAGUUGAAUUUAAAAAUACGCAGUAGAAAAAUAAAUAAAACUAUUGGACAAGCAGCCGGUAUCAAACUCAACCUAGCAGUAGACAAAACUAAUUUCCCAGUUUUCCUAAUCGGCGAUUUAAAUUCUGUGUUGAUUAAUUAAAACCAAGCAUACUCGUAACCAUGUAUAUCCUUUUUAACAGUUCACGCUAAAAUUGUAAUGCAAUAAUUAAUAUAACCCACAGCAUCUUACACUUUUUGAGGAUAUGUGACGGAAAAGUCAAUUUGUUAAAAAAUGCAUUAUAAAAGGUAGGCUAGUUCUGCAGCAUUUAUAACGCAAAAUAUGGUGUUAAUUCCAAAAAAAAACUCGACUACAUUGUCCUAACUAUACUCUGAUUGGAAACAACUAGCUAGUAGUUAUUAAACUUAUGAAUCGCCACCCUCUAUUGGAAAGCCAAAAUUGACCUGGGCUCUACAGAAACGUUCGCUUGAUUGUUUUAAAAUUGUAACAACUAUAUUCAUGCCAAAGUUUGUUUACUGAAUGCAAUUUGCAAUAAAUGAUAUUUAAAAGUAAAAAA